AUGCAGCCUGACAGGAACCUGAGCCCAGCCUGCCUCCCCCGCCUCAACCUCCUCAGCCAGGGUGUGUGUCCCCCCUCCUGAAGGUGUGUCUGCCACACGUGUGUCCUAUUGGGCGUGGCAUCACUUCACUCUCUUCUCCACUCAGGGCCACUCUUUAGUUUGUUUGCCUGGCUGUGGGUAAGUCACAUAGUCACCAUUAUCAGCCAGUGCAGCUGCAGAGCAGAACACAGCAGAGCUCUGGGCAAGCAGGGUGCAGUAGUCCGCUCAGCUUAUGUCCUGUUCUUCCUCUCCUCUCUCAGGACGAGGUGAGUUGCUGUCUCCUGUUGACGUCCUGUAGUUAGUCAGAAUGAUACUAAGCCCAGUCACGCUCUAUGUUCUGGAUGUGUGUUUGACUCUGCUCUGCAUUCAGGCCCCAGUGAGGAUGAUGGGGUUGGGCAGCAUGACUGUGCCCUGUGUGCACUAUUUAACAUCCAUGUUCUUAUAUAAACACCUGCAUAAUAAAAGGUGCAGAUCUGAUAUACUGUGAUUUUCUCAUCAUAUUGGCCACCAUGAUUUUAAAUGGUUAAACCUAAAGAUUGUCAUCUUUGUAAGUGCCUUUUAAAAUGUGAUUCCAUGUUAGUGACAGCUUUUUACCUGUAAUCUCCUAUAUUAUUUAUUAAGGGGGCAUUAGAGCUCUGUUUUUUUCAUCAAUAACUACAGUACGGGUAGGGCUCGGGUAUCACUAAAUUGAUUACUAACAUUUUGAAGCUCAGCCAUUUGUGUGUGCUGUGUUGCGCUGUACAGUCAUAUCAGUUUAAGAUCAUAACAUGGUGUCAGAAGUGCUUCAACAUCGUCAAAUAUAAGACCGGAGAGAUUAUGUCACAGAAAAUAAUAAUGUUCCUUGAGUUUUGUCAGAGUUUAGAGUGACGAAAAGUAGCUAACAGCUAACUGCUGUCUCAUGUCUCUUUGUUGAGCAGAGCAGCCCAAGCGGAGCCGUUGCUAUGGAUACACAGAGCCGUCAUGAGCAGAGCGCAGGGAGUGAUUGACAGAGAGGAGGAGCAGCAAAUGGAUUUACUAACUGAGGAAGUUAUUUCUGAUUUCGGGCAGGGCUGGGCCUUAAAUUUGGUAGAAGCAAUCGGGCCUGGGUAGGGCCUGAACGUUGCAGGCAUGGGUAGGUGUUCGGGCUUAAAAUGCAUGCCUGUGCAUCGCUCUAACAAGCACAUCACCACAGUGAAACGCAGAGCCUUAAUACAUUGAAAUGGUAUCUACCAUCCUCCUUCCUGUGAAGUGAUCACAGAUCUGACAUGACUGGAUUGAUGAAAGCAUUUGAAACCCUUCUGAUAUCACCUAUCCAUUCGUGUUGGAUCUGUGCACACUUGGAAUACUUACAAGGAGUAGAGGAAGGAAGGAUGCAUUUUCAAAAUAUUGUAGUCGGGUCUGGGACCAUGUAGACAAUAGGAGGAAGUAGCUGUUGGCUGACUGAGGUGUUGUGGCUUGGUGUUAGGUGAGCUGCACUUAUUCUAUCCAACCAGGUGGUGGCGACUGGCGCUGCCUCGUCCCUCCAUGCUGCGCCACCACACACCCUCAAUCAUCGACUGACUGACUGACCUUUGACCCCUAAGGAGGAGCACUCCAUUUACGCAGUCAGUGAGAGUGAAGAGACGGGGAGGGCGGCCUAUCAGACUUCGCCUGCAAGUCACAGCCAGGGAAAUAAUAUGGUUUUCCUGUAACUAGAUCUGAGCCUCCUAUGUUGAUUCAGUUUGUUUCUUGAAAUUGGAAAGGGGACAGAUUUUCACCCCAUAUCAACAAAGACAAUAGAAAUAAACAUUCUUAGUUUGCUAGGCUGCAGUUCAGAGCCCAUGGUCCCAACAAGGCAGUCUUUUUAUUCCUAAAUGUUGUUUCAGGUAGUUGUUCCAGGCCUGCGUGGAUGUCUCCCUCAGUGUGCAAGUCAAGAGAUUUGUUGCGGUAGCUCUUUAAGAGCCUCCACAGGAAGUUAGAGGGAUGGUGAGAGUGACAGCGAGAAAGAGGGAGUAGUGAUGAGCCUGGCAUGGAGCCUGAAGAAAGGAUUAGUGUCCUAAUGUUCCAUGGCAGAGGGAGGAAGAGGAGGACGAAGAGGAUUUUCCAACACUUGGCCAGGUCAUGGCAAACCCUUUCCCUUCCUUCCACAUCUACUAGGUGGAGUGGAGAAUCCCUAUAUUUCCUCUGUUUACCGGAGUCUUCAAGGUGGAGUGAUGCCUACGUUAAGGAAGUGAGCUGGCGAGAUGCCUGUUUUAGGACCACCUCUCUGUGCAGUACGGAAGACAGAUCGCUGUCUCUGACCUCGUGAGCAGAAUUUAAAAAAAGAGGGGAGCAGAAAUAGAAUGAAGACAGGGACAUGGUGAAAGGGGAGUUAGGGGGAACAGCACCGGCCAUAGAGCUUCUGCCAGCCCCUCUGUCUGGUGGUUCCUGGCCCCCCCAACGCUACCUCUCCCCCCUACGCCCUCCCCUCAGGGGUAACCUGAUCCACAAGUUGUCUCUUUACAGAUUUCCAGUCCCACUCGCUCCAAACCAGCAGCACCGGGGAGUGUGCCCACUACAACAAACUACUAUUUUUCACACCAUCAUGAUUUGAAUAAUUUUGCCCCAACAAACUUUUUUUUUUGGCUGGUGGACUCUACAGAGGGACUGAAACCUGAGAGUGAGUGUCCGUGAUUCUGCUGGGGGUGGGGGAGUGUUAUCGUUAAACUGCUAGGGGCCCUCUCUAAGGCUUGGCUGGCUGUGCUGGUAUGUCUGUCUGUGGGGCUGAGUGGAGAGUAUAUAAAUGGACUGUGGAGAUGGAGUGGUAAUGGCAGGGGGACAUGGAAAGAGGGUUUGACUGAGCUUUGAAGUGAGAUGUAGGAUAAGGGUGGAGCUGCCGGUGCAGCAAGCAUCUCGCUAAGGAAUGCUGGUGUAGAGAUGUGUAUUACUGUGGAUGAGCAGUGCAGUAGCUUCUCUGUUUGCCAUACAGCAGCAUUCCUCCUGUUGGCUGUCUGUCUGCCAGAGGAUGUUGUGGUAGCCAGGCAGGUGUUACAGCAGGCAGCAGACUGACUGUGUUGUCAUGGUCUGUGCCGCUGCUUGCAGGUGAUUUCAGAGUUGUGCUUGUUAAGGGCGUAGUGUGGUGGCUAUGGCUGGUGGAAUGCUUGCAAUGUGAUUCACCUGAGCACGCUGCUGCUGGCCCUCUAACCUGACCCUGUGUGCCUUUGUGUGGACAGCCCCAGAUUACCCACACUGCCUUUGAAAUGAGGCACAAGAGAGAUUCUCUGCUACCAAGAGGUGACAGUAGCUUUACAAUGCCUGGGAUGCUUUCAAUGGCCAAAGUUAAAAUGACUUAUAUGAUCUCUAUCGGCCUUGUUACUAUAGUGGAGAGCAAAGUUAGCGUAGGGUGAUUAUAUUUGUCAAUGAUUGACAGUACAUGGCAGUGUAACUCAUAAUAAGGCUUCUUGAAGCUGCCAUAUCAGAACACAUAGAGAUAACAGAAAAUAAUGUGUCAACUUCUUUCAUGGUGUCAUUCAAUUGUAUAGCGUAUUGGUUGACUGAAUAUUGGUUGACUUUUUAAAUUCCUUUAAAACAAAUUAUAUAAAAGUCUCAAUGUAGAGAUGAUGGGAACACAAACAGGAAGGGCUCAGGUAGGAAUUGAAUCCCUGUUGCAAAGCGGGAUGUGUGGUCCAGAGUAGGUUGCGUUUCUGCUAGACCAGACUGACCAACCAUUACCUGGUUUGUUGUCUAAUCUACAGCUCAGAGACAAUGGAGACUAUGUGUGGUUCUCCCUCUGUGUGGCAGUGUUGAUGUGAUGGUCUGCCUCCCUGUGUAUACAUACAGUACAUAUCAUACAUAUCGGCCUUCAGUCUCUGGCACGGUGUUGGCCUGGUCACCUGCUGAGCCCAUCUGUUGGAGCCGCUCACUCUCGCCUGCAACCGUAACCCAAGCCAGCCAGCGUGUAUAGUGUGGCCGGGGUUUUCCCCUUAGACAAGCAAGCAGCAGACUUUGUGUGAGUGUGUGUGUCGGCUGCUCUGAGGGACAUAAUUGUUACUCUAUACCUACACUCACUUCCUGGAUUUCUGUUUCCACUAAAAACGGUGACCACUAAGAAUAGUCUGCUACAUUCUGAAUAAACUCCACGGAUGAUGGGUUUUUUAUUAAGUCCUAAAGCAAAGUACUUGGUUUGAGUCUUAAGACCUGGGCUCGGCAAAGUGUUCAUUUGCGUUACUUCCAUGUGAAUUUCAACUCAUUGUGUCUGUUAGCUUUAGCAUCACUUGACUGUAACACUGCUGGUCGUUCAUUUUCAGGGAUGGCCUACCAGUUACAGUACUACGGAGUACUCUGUACAGUACAGUACUGCUGAGUACUCUGUACAGUACAGUACUGCUGAGUACUCUGUACAGUACUGUUGAGUACUCUGUACAGUACUACUGAGGACUCUGUACGGUUACAGUACUACUGAGGACUCGCUACAGUACUUACAAAUGUUGCUACUGCCGUUGUGAUUGGACUUUCUCUGCCUGCAGGUCUCUGUUUAACCCAUCUUUUUCAGUCAGGUAAAAAAGGUGACUGUUGGGCAGGGCAAGGGGACUGAGACACAUUGGGCUGAGAUGGGUGUGUCAAUCAUGACUGAUGUCAUAUCACCAUGUGGUAGAGCAGCAUUGCACAGCAAUCUGAGUCUCUGAGCCCACAUAGGGCUUUAAGUGAUUAUGAAAUUAACUUAGAACAUUUCCUGCGGUGAGCCAUUAAACUACUCUCUCUCUGAGAAGCUCAGCUUUCUCCACAUUAAUUAAGCAGCAGUGUCUUUAUUUAGUCUGCCAAGGGAGCUAUGAUGAUGCUCCCAUCCCUGUGCUGAGGCUUGUCAGUGUGCUAGACUGAACUAUUCUGUGCUGACCUAGUCUGGUGCUGGGCAGGGUGAUGUGGUUAGCUGUGCUCUGGGAUUGGCAUCUGAAUUUUAGAUGUCAUUUUUUAAAGAUUUUAAGAUAAAUGUUAGUGAAUCAGGCUAGAUUACAUGGUGCUGAAUGCUGCUCUGGGGGGAAAUUGGGAUUGAGACCUGCUGAAUGCGUCAUCUUCAGUGGUAUGAAUCUGGGCCCAGUAGCCCAGGGUUGCGCUAGGGUAGUCUGACAGGGAUGGGUUGGACUCUCACCUAUUUUCCACUACUAAACUAUACAUACUUUAUUACACAUUGGAAUCCUGGACUUUACUGUGUUGGUGUGUGCCAUGGGCUGGGCAUGGACAUGUACUCAGUAUUGUGAUAAACUCAGGGAUGGGCUGGUAUCUCAAUGGUACUGGCCAAGACUGUGUGCUCCAUGCCAUUCUAGGCCGUGCUCCCUGUCAUGUGUGGCACUGUUGUGGUCAGCUGAGCUGUGUGCUCACUCCUGGAUGGGCACUGUAUGCUUUAUUGUUAUGGAUAGGGCUGUCCUGUUCAGUGCUAUUUUUAAUGUAUUAUUAUAUAUAUUUUUAACCCUGCCACCCCUCCCCUGAUUGGAAUAAACUAACGGACAACAACACUUCUGCUACUUACAGCUAUUUUCGCUCACAUGUACGGUACAUGUAGUUAAAUAAUUAUACAUAUAUUCCUAAUUUCCUCUUUCUGCAAGUGUUAGAUUUUCACCCACUGCGGCCAAUCCUCCAUUCAUUCUGAUCUUAACCCCAACCCUCCGAUGUCCACAGAUUAACCCAAUGGAGGGAUGCAAUACAUCCCUCCAUUUUAAUGUGAUGUCUUACGAGGGUCCUGAACCUCCCUAUUUGUAACAUUUCUACCGAUACUUUACCUAAGAGCGUAUUGAUAUUUCCCAUUGACUGAUCGUGGUUUUUCAGAUCCCCUAACAAUACAAUUUGCAGGUCCAUCUGAACCCUGAUAUUAUGACAUAACAACCACUCCUGGACCUGACUCCAAAAGCGAGCCACCGAUGAACAGUACCAGAAAAGAUGAUCUAGUGAGUCUGUUUCCUCAUGGCAGAGUCGGCACAAAGCUGACUGUUCAAUGCCCCAUAUAUUGAGCAUUAUUUUUGUAGCAAGUUAUUGUAUCUAAUAUCUUAAAUUGAAACGAACAGAUUGAUGUCGAUUGUUUUAUAUAUCAGUUUAUAGACCUGAUGCCAAGGUAUUGGGACAUCAGAGACCUGUUUCCCAACGGACUUGAAUCUUAUGUGGCAUUGCUGUCAAACCUUUUGACUUAGAUUUAUACUAAUCAUUUUAAGCUAUUUGUUUUUUAAUGGGUGGCAGACAGACUCAUUAUUUCAUUUCUUCUUUACGUUAAUUGCCUCUUCCAAUUUUGUUGCAGAGCAGUAAUGAGUUGGUUAUACUUUUGUAUUAAGCAUACACCUCCAUACACUGUUGCUUUUGUGACAAUUUUACUGUCCUUGUUUACAAUGUCCUUCAUAAAUAUUAUAGCCAUAUUAUUUGCUGUAAUAUUUGAGCUGCCUUUUCUGGAUGAUGAAAUUGAAAUUGUAGCCAACUCUGUAUGGCUUCAUUUAAAAAGGAGGAUACUUUAAACAGGGAUCCUUUGUCAAUACACCGAAAAUGUGCGGUUUUAAUCUGUAAAAAGGCAAAGAGCCUACUCUUAAACAGGAUGGGCCUCUCUUAGUAGCCUGCUGGAAAACCAGUUUGGAUUAAGAUAUAAUAUUGGUAUAAUGGAGGCUUUAAGAAAGGUUUAAUGCCUUAAUAUUUAAUAGUUUUAACCCUCCAAACCCAUGUUCGUUAUAUACAGUGCAUUUGGAAAGUAUUCAGACCCCUUGACUUUUUCAUCAUUUUGUUACGUUACAGCCUUAUUCUAAAAUUGAUUAAAAUGUUUUUUUCCCCUCAUCAAUCUACACACAAUACCCCAUAAUGACAAAGCAAAAACAUGUUUUUAGAAAUGUUAGCUAAAACAUUAAACUGAAAUAUCACAUUUACAUAAGUAUUCAGACCCUUUACUCAGUGCUUUGUUGAAGCACCUUUGGCAGUGAUUACAGCCUUGAGUCUUCUUGGGUAUGACGCUACAAGCUUGGCACAUCUGUAUUUACGGAGUUUCUCCCAUUCUUCUCUGCAGAUCCUCUCAAGCUCUGUCUGGUUGGAUGGAGAGCGUCGCUGCACAGCUAUUUACAGGUUACUCCAGAGAUGUUUGAUUGGGUUCAAGUCCGGGCUCUGGCUGGGCCACUCAAGGACAUUCGGAGACUUGUCCCGAAGCUACUCCUGUGUUGUCUUGGCUGUGUGCUUAGGGUCGUUGUCCUGUUGGAAGGUGAACCUUCGCCCCUGUCUGAAGUCCUGAGCGCUCUGGAGCAGGUUUUCAUCAAGGAUACUUUGCUCCGUUCAUCUUUCCCACGAUCCUGACUGGUCUCCCAGUCCCUGCCGCUGAAAAACAUCCCCACAGCAUGAUGCUGCCACCACCAUGCUUCACCGUAGGGAUGGUGCCAGGUUUUCUCCAGACGUGAUGCUUGACAUUCAGGCCAAAGAGUUCAAUCUUGGUUUCAUUAGACCAGAGAAUCUUGUUUCUCAUGAUCUGAGAGUCCUUUAGGUGCCGUUUGGCAAACUCCAAGCGGGCUGUCAUGUGCCUUUUACUGCAGAGUGCUGCAGAGAGAGUUGUCCUUCUGGAUGGUUCUCCCAUCCCCACAGAGGAACUCUGUCAGAGUGGUGACCAUAGGGUUCUUGGUCACCUCCCUGACCAAGGCCCUUCUCCCCUGAUUGCUCAGUUUGGCCAGGCUGCCAGUUCUAGGAAUAGUCUUGGUGGUUCAGAACUUCUUCCAUUUAAGAAUGAUGGAGGCCACUGUGUUCUUGGGGACCUUCAAUGCUGCAGAUAUUUUUUGGUACCCUUCCCCAGAUCUGUGCCUCGACACAAUCCUGUCUCAGAGCUCUACGGACAAUUCCUUCGACCUCAUGGCUUGGUUUUUGCUCUGACGUGCGCUUUCAACUGUGGGACCUUGUAUAGACAGGUGUGUGCCUUUCCAAAUCAUGUCCAAUCAAUUGAAUUUACCACAGGAGGACUCCAAUCAAUUUGUAGAAAUAUCUCAAGGAUGGUCAAUGGAAACAGGAUGCACCUGUGCUCAAUUUCGAGUCUCAUAGCAAAGGGUUUGAAUACUUAUUUAAAUAAGGUAUUUCUGUUUUUUAUUUUUAAUACACUUGCAAAAAAUUCUAAAAACCUAUUUUCGCUUUGUAAUUAUGGGGUAUCAUGUGUACAUUGAUGAUUUUUUAUUUAAUCAAUUUUAGAAUAAGGAGGUAAUGUAUAAACAUUUGGAUAAAGGGAAGGGGUCUGAAUACUUUCCAAAUGCACUGUAAAUAUGCCUUUUAACUUCAUCUGGUUUGCCAUUCCAAAUAUUAUUUUCUUGCAUGAUUUCAGAAAGGAUUCUCUUGGAUUCGGUAGAGCAAUGAAUAAUUAUCUAAAGAUAUCGCAGUUAACAUAUUGAAUCAGGGUCAUUUUCUUGUAGAUGGACAGCUGUUUCUCUCUCCAUGGUUUCAAGAUCCUAUCUACUUUGCUAAGUUUUCUAUCGAAGUUAAUAGCUGCAAGAUCGCUGAAGUUUUCCGGAUAUGUGUUCAGUGCUGUUGUGUGUAGUGUACUACGUCAGGGCUGUGCUUGCUAGCCUCUAUUCCAGGAGGCUUUCUCGCAUCAACUGAUGAAUAAGACUUGGAAUAAUGACAUCACAAGAGCGUGUGUGUGAGGUUCUGUGCCGUGUGCUGGGCCCGGCCGGGCUCUCCUUCUCCCUGGAGGGAUUACUCUCUCCUGUGUGAUUAUCUGCUCUAUUAAUAGCGUUCUUUAAGGCCAUUCACAUGAAACUCCUCUCCUAUAUACCCAGGGGCUGGAUGGAGGAAGGCCAUCACAGGCUGUACUGGUCCACUAAUUAUAUUAACCAACCAGGAACGGGACAGGCACCAGCAGCAGCCACAGACUUUUACGUAGACCCCUCCACUCUGAGAGACACACACACACAUGGUGGGGCAGGCCGAACAGGAGAGGCAUUGUACUAUACUAACCACACACUCACCCUGACGGUCCUAGCUAUCUGUGAUUUAAACAGGGAUAGGUAUUGGAACAAGAGCAUUAGGCCUGAGGAGAAUGUCGGAUUCUCUUGGAAAUUUCAAAAGGGGACAAAAUAUUGUUCCGGGGAGGGUCCCCCAUCAGACCAACAACUCUCCCAACAAAUCACAAGUUUGGGUAGGCGGGGCUUAAAAUAUUGGCAGGAAUUGUGCUCAUGUCUAGCUAAGGCAACAAGCGUAUAUGGCAGUAACGUCACCGGUGACACGCGUCCCGUUUUCGACUCGUACUCUGUCCCAACUGACGCCGGAACUUCUACAGACGUGUAAGCUGGUGUAUUGGUACAUUGUCAGAGGCAACCCGUCUGUCAAGAGAGACUAGAGAGUCCGAGUCAGACACGUGUUUGGAUGUGUAGAGCUGGGCGAUAUGGACAAAUAUCCAUAUCAAGAUAAAUUGCCUGAAUUGAUGCCCUAAUGAUAAGUUUAUAACAUUAAUGUGCAUCUUUUUUUAUUUUUUAUUGUCCUUUUAAAUGCUCAAAGCUGCAGUUUUUAUUUCAAUGUCAAAUCAUUUCUGGCUAACAGUUAAGUACCUUACUGUAAUAGAUUUCCAUUAAAAUGGGCAAAAAUAGCUUUUUACCUAAAUUAUUUCUCAAGCAAGUAUUUUGCUAGGACUGUCCGGGAGUGGGAGGGGGAAACUGAAAACUAGCUGUUAUUGGCAGAGAGGUUUGGAAGUCUCUUUGUUAUUCGUCUAUUAGCAAUUUUACCGCAUGCUGAUGUCCCUGUGGAAAGCCGACACUCCCACCCAUGCAAACCUGCUGAUUUUAGAAGGUCCUGUGUAGAUCACCAAUUUGUAAGUCGCUCUGGAUAAGAGCGUCUGCUAAAUGAUGUACAUUUGUAUUUUCAACCAGCAGCUGUCAGGAAAUAACACUGAUAAAAAAAGUGACUUUUGCUGUGUAUUAAAAAAAAAAAAAAAAAAAAAAAAAAAAAAAUUUAGGGGGUAGAUCAGCUUUAAUAUUGCAGAUAGAUUGUAACUUCCAACAAUGUAAUUGUCUGCAUCACUUCCAAUCCCCCAUAUAUAUUUUUUCGCAAAUAUAUAUAUAUAUAGAUAUAUAUACAGUGGGGAGAACAAGUAUUUGAUACACUGCCGAUUUUGCAGGUUUUCCUACUUACAAAGCAUGUAGAGGUCUGUAAUUUUUUUUUAAAUCCAGAAAAUCACAUUGUAUGAUUUUUAAGUAAUUCAUUUGCAUUUUAUUACAUUACAUAAGUAUUUGAUAUAUCAGAAAAGCAGAACUUAAUAUUUGGUACAGAAACCUUUGUUUGCAAUUACAGAGAUCAUACGUUUCCUGUAGGUCUUGACCAGGUUUGCACACACUGCAGUAGGGAUUUUAGCCCACUCCUCCAUACAGACCUUCUCCAGAUCCUUCAGGUUUCGGGGCUGUCGCUGGGCAAUACGGACUUUCAGCUCCCUCCAAAGAUUUUCUAUUGGGUUCAGGUCUGGAGACUGGCUAGGCCACUCCAGGACCUUGAGAUGCUUCUUACGGAGCCACUACUUAGUUGCCCUGGCUGUUUGUUUCGUGUCGUUGUCAUGCUGGAAGACCCAGCCACGACCCAUGUUUCCACCUCCAUGCUUCACGGUUGGGAUGGUGUUCUUGGGGUUGUACUCCUCCUUCUUCUUCCUCCAAACAUGGCGAGUGGAGUUUAGACCAAAAAGCUCUAUUUUUGUCUCAUCAGACCACAUGACCUUCUCCCAUUCCUCCUCUGGAUUAUCCAGAUGGUCAUUGGCAAACUUCAGACAGGCCUGGACAUGCGCUGGCUUGAGCAGGGGGACCUUGCGUGCGCUGCAGGAUUUUAAUCCAUGACGGCGUAGUGUGUUACUAAUGGUUUUCUUUGAGACUGGUCCCAGCUCUCUUCAGGUCAUUGACCAGGUCCUGCCGUGUAGUUCUGGGCUGAUCCCUCACCGUUCUCAUGAUCAUUGAUGCCCCACGAGGUGAGAUCUUGCAUGGAGCCCCAGACCGAGGGUGAUUGACCGUCAUCUUCAACUUCUUCCAUUUUCUAAUAAUUGCGCCAGCAGUUGUUGCCUUCUCACCAAGCUGCUUGCCUAUUGUCCUGUAGACCAUCCCAGCCUUGUGCAGGUCUACAAUUUUAUCCCAUGUCCUUACACAGCUCUCUGGUCUUGGCCAUUGUGGAGAGGUUGGAGUCUGUUUGAUAGAGUGUGUGGACAGGUGUCUUUUAUACAGGUAACGAGUUCAAACAGGUGCAGUUAAUAGAGGUAAUGAGUGGAGAACAGGAGGGCUUCUUAAAGAAAAACUAACAGGUCUGUGAGAGCCGGAAUUCUUACUGGUUGGUAGGUGAUCAAAUACUUAUGUCAUGCAAUAAAAUGCAAAUGAAUUACUUAAAAAUCAUACAAUGUGAUUUUCUGGAUUUUUGUUUUAGAUUCCGUCUCUCACAGUUGAAGUGUACCUAUGAUAAAAAUGACAGACCUCUACAUGCUUUGUAAGUAGGAAAACCUGCAAAAUCGGUAGUGUAUCAAAUACUUGUUCUCCCCACUGUAUAUAUCUCACAAAAGUGAGUAAACCCCUCACAUUUUGUAAAUAUUUGAGUAUAUAUUUUCAUGUGACAACACUGAAGAAAUGACACUUUGCUACAAUGUAAAGUAGUGAGUGUACAGCUUGUAUAACAGUGUACAUUUGCUGUCCCCUCAAAAUAACUCAACACACUGCUAUUAAUGUCUAAACUGCUGGUAACAGAAGUGAGUACACCCCUAAGUGAAAAUGUCCAAAUUGGGGGGUGUACUCACUUUUGUGAGAUACUGUACAUACAUACAUACAGUGAGGGGAAAAAAGUAUUUGAUCCCCUGCUGAUUUUGUAUAUUUGCCCACUGACAAAGACAUGAUCAGUCUAUAAUUUUAAUGUUAGGUUUAUUUGAACAGUGAGAGACAGAACAACAACAAAAAAAUCAGAAAAACACAUGUCAAAAAUGUUUGAAAUUGAUUUGCAUUAUAAUGAGGGAAAUAAGUAUUUGACCCCUCUGCAAAACAUGAAUUAGUACUUGGUGGCAAAACCCUUGUCGGCAAUCACAGAGGUCAGACGUUUCUUGUAGUUGGCCACCAGGUUUGCACACAUCUCAGGAGGGAUUUUGUUCCACUCCUCUUUGCAGAUCUUCUCCAAGUCAUUAAGGUAUCGAGGCUGACGUUUGGCAACUCGAACCUUCAGCUCCCUCCACAGAUUUUCUAUGGGAUUAAGGUCUGGAGACUGGCUAGGCCACUUCAGGACCUUAACGUGCUUCUUCUUGAGACACUCCUUUGUUGCCUUGGCCGUGUGUUUUGGGUCAUUGUCAUGCUGGAAUACCCAUCCACGACCCAUUUUCAAUGCCCUGGCUGAGGGAAGGAGGUUCUCACCCAAGAUUUGACGGUACAUGGCCCCGUUAAUCGUCCCUUUGAUGCGGUGAAGUUGUCCUGUCCCCUUAGCAGAAAAACACCCCCAAAGCAUAAUGUUUCCACCUCCAUGUUUGACGGUGGGGAUUGUGUUCUUGGGGUCAUAGGCAGCAUUCCUCCUCCUCCAAACACGGCGAGUUGAGUUGAUGCCAAAGAGCUCCAUUUUGGUCUCAUCUGACCACAACACUUUCACCCAGUUAUCCUCUGAAUCAUUCAGAUGUUCAUUGGCAAACUUCAGACGACCCUGUAAAUGUGCUUUCUUGAGCAGGGGGACCUUGCGGGCGCUGCAGGAUUUCAGUCCUUCACGGCCUAGUGUGUUACCAAUUGUUUUCACAUUUUACAUUUACAUUUUAGUCAUUUAGCAGACGCUCUUAUCCAGAGCAACUUACAGUUAGUGGAUGCAUACAGUGGGGAAAAAAUGUUUUUAGUCAGCCACCAAUUGUGCAAGUUCUCCCACUUAAAAAGAUGAGAGAGGCCUGUAAUUUUCAUCAUAGGUACACGUCAACUAUGACAGACAGAAUGAGAAAAAAUAAUCCAGAAAAUCACAUUGUAGAAUUUUUAAUGAAUUUAUUUGCAAAUUAUGGUGGAAAAUAAGUAUUUGGUCAAUAACAAAAGUUUCUCAAUACUUUGUUAUCAAUGACACAGGUCAAACGUUUUCUGUAAGUCUUCACAAGGUUUUCACACACUGUUGCUGGUAUUUUGGCCCAUUCCUCCAUGCAGAUCUCCUCUAGAGCAGUGAUGUUUUGGGGCUGUCGCUGGGCAACACAGACUUUCAACUCCCUCCAAAGAUUUUCUAUGGGGUUGAGAUCUGGAGACUGGCUAGGCCACUCCAGGACCUUGAAAUGCUUCUUACGAAGCCACUCCUUCGUUGCCCGGGUGGUGUGUUUGGGAUCAUUGUCAUGCUGAAAGACCCAGCCACGUUUCAUCUUCAAUGCCCUUGCUGAUGGAAGGAGGUUUUCACUCAAAAUCUCACUAUACAUGGCCCCAUUCAUUCUUUCCUUUACACGGAUCAGUCGUCCUGGUCCCUUUGCAGAAUAACAGCCCCAAAGCAUGAUGUUUCCACCCCCAUGCUUCACGGUAGGUAUGGUGUUCUUUGGAUGCAACUCAGCAUUCUUUGUCCUCCAAACACGACGAGUUGAGUUUUUACCAAAAAGUUCAAUUUUGGUUUCAUCUGACCAUAUGACAUUCUCCCAAUCCUCUUCUGGAUCAUCCAAAUGCACUCUAGCAAACUUCAGAUGGGCCUGGACAUGUACUGGCUUAGGCAGGGGGACACGUCUGGCACUGCAGGAUUUGAGUCCCUGGCGGCGUAGUGUGUUACUGAUGGUAGGCUUUGUUACUUUGGUCCCAGCUCUCUGCAGGUCAUUCACUAGGUCCCCCCGUGUGGUUCUGGGAUUUUUGCUCACCGUUCUUGUGAUCAUUUUGACCCCACGGGGUGAGAUCUUGCGUGGAGCCCCAGAUUGAGGGAGAUUAUCAGUGGUCUUGUAUGUCUUCCAUUUCCUAAUAAUUGCUCCCACAGUUGAUUUCUUCAAACCAAGCUGCUUACCUAUUGCAGAUUCAGUCUUCCCAGCCUGGAAGACUGAAUCUGGUGUCCUUUGACAGCUCUUUGGUCUUGGCCAUAGUGGAGUUUGGAGUGUGACUGUUUGAGGUUGUGGACUGGUGUCUUUUAUACUGAUAACAAGUUCAAACAGGUGCCAUUAAUACAGGUAACGAGUGGAGGACAGAGGAGCCUCUUAAAGAAGAAGUUACAGGUCUGUGAGAGCCAGAAAUCUUGCUUGUUUGUAGGUGACCAAAUAGGUAUUUUCCACCAUAAUUUGCAAAUAAAUUCAUAAAAAAUCCUACAGUGUGAUUUUCUGGAAAAUAAAUUCUCAAUUUGUCUGUCAUAGUUGACGUGUACCUAUGAUGACAAUUACAGGCCUCUCUCGUCUUUUGAAGUGGGAGAACAUGCACAAUUGGUGGCUGACUAAAUACUUUUUUUCCCACUAUUAUUAAUUUUUUUCAUACAUAGAUAUACACUACCGGUCAAAAGUUUUAGAACGCCUACUUAUUCAAGGGUUUUUCUUUAUUUUUACUAUUUUCUACAUUGUAGAAUAAUAGUGAAGACAUCAAAACUAUGAAAUAACACACAUGGAAUCAUGUAGUAACCAAAAGUGUUAAACAAAUCAAAAUAUAAUUUAUAUUUGAGUUUCUUCAAAUCAGCCACCCUUUGCCUUGAUGACAGCUUUGCACACUCUUGGCAUUCUCUCAACCAGCUUCAUGAGGUUUUCACCUGGAAUGCCAUUUGAAGAAUCUCAAAUAUAAAAUAUAUCUUGAUUUGUUUAACACUUUUUUUGGUUACUACAUGAUUCCAUAUGUGUUAUUUCAUAGUUUUGUUAUGUUCACUAUUAUUCUACAAUGUACAAAAUAGUAAAAUUACAGAAAAACCCUUGAAUGAGUAGGUGUUCUAAAACUUUUGACCGGUAGUGUAUAUACACAUCCUUUUUUAAAAUAUAUUUUCCUUUCCAACACCACCACCCCUCCCCUAAUGGGAGUAAACUAGUGAACAACAACGCUUAGGCCUCUACUUCCAGCUUAUACAUACUAUAUACAUUUUAUGGACACAGUCAAUUUUACAAUAGUUCUAUUUUUGAUCUCUGAUUUCUGAACUUCCUAUACCCUCAACCUAUCAUUUUCAUGAUGUCCAUCCGGUUUGCUUCUAUGUGCCAUAUCUUUCAAACUGCUCUUUCACAAAAGUUCUCAACCUGUAACAUAUAUACUUAUUAUGGACACAGUAUGUUUUACAUUAGUUAUCUUGUUGUUACUAAGAUUUAAUCGUACUACACCAGCUCUGACGCUCGUCGGAUGUGGCAGGGCUUGAAAACUAUUACAGACUACAAAGGGAAGCACAGCCGUGAGCUGCCCAGUGACACAAGCCUACCAGACGAGCUAAACCACUUCUAUGCUCGCUUCGAGGCAAGCAACACUGAAGCAUGCAUGAGAGCACCAGCUGUUCCGGAUGACUAUGUGAUCACGCUCUCCGUAGCCGAUGUGAGUAAGACUUUUAAGCAGGUCAUUCACAAGACCGCAGGGCCAGAUGGAUUACCAGGACGUGUACUCCGAGCAUGCGCUGACCAAUACUUAUUUCCCUCAUUAAAAUGCAAAUCAAUUUAUAACAUUUUUGACAUGCGUUUUUUCAGGAUUUUUUUUAUUGUUAUUCUGUCUCACUGUUCAAAUAAACCUACCAUUAAAAUUAUAGACUGAUAAUUUCUUUGUCAGUGGGCAAACGUACAAAAUCAGCAGGGGAUCAAAUACUUUUUUCCCUCACUGUACCUUUCCAUAGUAGCAAGAUCUUAUCUGUUUUUGCUAACUUUCUAUUAACAUUUAUUGAAGUGAGAUCAUUUAUUUAUUUUGGGAUAUGUAUACCGAGUAUAUCCACAUCACCAUCGGACCAUUUUAUUGGUAAACUACACGGUCAUGUAAUUUAUUUAUAUAUUUUUUUGAUCCAAUAUGUUAUAUAGUACAUUUAUCAUAACAUAUUUUUAUAUCAAUGUCAAAUAAUUUAUGGGUAACAAUUAAGUACCUUACUGUAAUAUAUUUCCAUUAAAAUGGGCAAAAAUAGCUUUUUGCAAAAAAUUAUUUUUCAAGCAAGAAUUUUGCUAGGACUGUCCGGGAGUGGGAGGGGGAAACUGAAAACUGGCUGUUAUUGGCAGAGAGGUUUGGAACUCUCUUUGUUAUUGGUCUAUUAACCAUUUUACCGCAUCCAUGCAAACCUGCUGAUUUUAGACAGUCCUGUGUAGAUUUGUAUUUUCAACCAGCAACUCUCAGGAAAUAAUACUGAUAAAAAAAGUCUGACUUUUACAGUGUUCUGUGACCCUGGCCUCUCCUGUGCUCUGUCUUACCCAUGCUGCCUGACUGGCUGGCUGAAAUAUUGCUCUGUGUAAUGUCAUGUUGACAGAUGCUUGGCUGAGGAAGACAGGGUAGAUAGUUAGUGUCUUAGCGAUGGUCUGUGAUGAGGUCACUUUUUUAAUAAUACUGUCUGUGUGUUUUAUACCACCUGUUUCAACUGCAGGAACAGACUCUAAUGCACUAUGUAGGAGACUCACAAGACUAGACUACCUAGAUAUAAGUACAAGUACAUAUAGCCUCGAUUGAAGCUCUUGGGCAAACUGGUCUCUGAUGGAAAGCUCUUACAUUAUUACAUUUUUAUUGAUCAGUUUCCCAAUCUCUGGGACAAAUACCCAUUCCUCUGGUUUGUAUGUUCUUUGUUCUCCUACCUGUGCUACACUGUUUACUGUGGAUGCCACUCUUAUACAUGUUGACUAGAGCCACAUUCUGCAAUAAUGAGUGACCUGUAAGGUCAAAUGGCGCGUGCAUGCGUGUGGGCACAGAGAUUAUCAAAUCAAAUUUUAUUUGUCACAUGCUUCGUAAACAACAGUUGUUGACUAACAGUGAAAUGCUUACUUACGAUACUGGUCCAUUGCCUUUUAUAGCAGCUUAUGUCUUACAUAAUGGAAGACUGAGUUAGUUCGAUUGGUACAUCAGGGCUGCAUUCAGCAUUAGAGUGAGACUGAACUUUAGCAAUGUGUUCCCCACAGGAACUGCUCUGAACUCUCUGUAACCCUCAAUCUACUGUGAACCCUGGACAGAAACGUCAGGGGUUUGCAUGUAAAUAACUUAGCUGAAUGUUGGGCUCACAACUGUCCAUUCCAUUUAUGAAUAAAUACUGAUGGCUUAUGUGCAACUUCGACUUCUUGUAUACAGUGUUUAGUUGCUGUGUGGUGUAACAAAUGAUCAAUUAAAGGCCUUUUUAAAAGUCACAUCUUCUCCUUUCUCUCUCCCUCAUCCUUUCUCAUUCAUUCUCUCGCUCUCCAUCUCUACUCCAGCUUUCUUUUGUUAUUGGUUUCAGGGCUCUGUUCAGAUUUCUCUUCUGUUUUUGCAAUGUUGUCCUCUUCACAUCUCUUUCUCUCCCUGUGUGUGUGUAGACGUGCCGGCACCGGAACAGCCGGAGCUGUUCCUGAAGAAGCUGCAGCAGUGCUGUACUGUGUUUGAUUUCAUGGACACGCUGUCUGACCUGAAGAUGAAGGAGUACAAGCGCUCCACGCUCAACGAGCUGGUGGACUAUGUCACUGUCAGCAGGGGCUACCUGACAGAACAGGCUUACCCGGAGGUUGUCAAAAUGGUGAGGCUACAACACACUAAACAGAACACGCACUCAUGUCAUAAAUAUACUCGCUUCCAGACAAUUUAAGUUUGUAUUUAUCAUAUUUAGUUGACAUCAACAAGGAACCUUAAUCAACAUUUCUGUUUCACAUCCAUGUUGAAGUGCCUGAGUUGCCUAUAAAGCUGAUUUUCAUAUUACUCACGCAACUCACAUGUCCACUGCCUUAAUCUCCAGUGAAGUCAGUUGAUUGUCUAUUGUUUUCUGUCCUGUCUCCCAGGUGUCUUACAACAUAUUCCGGACCCUUCCGCCCAGUGACAGUAAUGAGUUUGACCCAGAGGAGGAUGAACCCACACUGGAGGCCUCAUGGCCACACUUACAGGUAACACUGACGCUACAAUUGAUGGGUGUUUGUGUGCGUAUGUAUCAGUUUGUGUGUGUGUGUGUGUGUACUGCCUUCUAUUGGAGACUGAGUCCCUUGUGUAGUAUGGUUAAGAUAUGGCUACAGGUCUAGUGUCAGGUGCUCUGUCUCUCACCCCCUUUUCUGUGUACCUGCUGCUCUGCCUCCCAGGACUCCUUUAGAAAUGAGAUGAAUAUCUCAAGGAGAUUCUUCCUGGUAAAACUUUUAAUUUAAUUUAUCUUUUAUAAAAUAGCCAAAUUCACUUGACCACAUUUUUUAUAUUUACCCGCCCAGUCAUAAGCCCCCCUCCCCCUGGCCUUGUAACCCUGGUUACCACUAAAGGUAAUAAUGACCCUACCACGUUGUGCCUCUGUGACCUUUGACCCUCUGUGACCUAUUGACCUCCCAUUCUCUGUCCUCUGCUCCAGUCUCUCCAUAGCCUUACCUUUGUUUUAUGAAGAAUCCAUCACCUAACCUCUCCACCGCUCUUUAUCUUUCUCUGUGUCAUAGCUGGUAUAUGAGUUCUUCAUACGAUUCUUGGAGAGUCAGGAAUUCCAGCCCAGCAUUGCCAAAAAGUACAUAGACCAGAAAUUCGUUCUACAGGUGAGUGAUGUUUUUUUUACAUUGGGGAUGCUGUAGAGAUGCACUUCAAAAAUGUAGACUAGUGUUGUACAAGUUUGAGUAGUUUGUAGUUGUUGAAUCUCUCGUUCUCUUUCUCCCUUGCUCUGUAGCUCUUGGAGCUCUUUGACAGUGAAGACCCUCGGGAGAGAGACUACCUGAAAACAGUCUUACACAGAAUCUAUGGGAAAUUCCUGGGGCUGAGGGCUUUUAUACGAAAACAGAUAAAUAAUAUUUUUCUACGGUAAGACGGCGCUCCUCAUUCUGACUGUACUCAUAUUGACAUGGUACUUUCACGGAUGUUUCACUAAAGUUUAUUCUCUCUCUCGCUCGUAAAGUUUUGUUUAUGAGACUGAGCACUUCAACGGGGUUGCUGAGUUGCUGGAGAUCUUGGGAAGGUAUGUGACUCUGGUUUGACCUGUGGUUAGUUCUGACGCCUUUGUUCUCUGGCGCUGUCUUAAUGGAGUAAAACAUGUUUUACUUCUUCAUCCUCCCUGGGCACUGUAGUACUGUAGUCCAGGCUAAGGCCUGUUGGUUACCUUGCAUAAAGUAGCUACAGUACCUGUGUAAUUUGUGUUGGCCCAUGUAAAAGCCUCUAGUAUAUUCUGGCCUCUUUGUAUGGACAUGUAUAAUUUGCCCUACUGGCUUAGCUCUGCUUUUCUCCUCUCUCUCUCUCUCGCAGCAUAAUCAAUGGUUUCGCCCUGCCGCUCAAAGCAGAGCAUAAACAGUUCCUGGUCAAAGUGUUGAUCCCCCUCCACACUGUCAGGAGUCUGUCCCUCUUCCACGCACAGGUAGUGUGUGUAUGCGUGUGUGUGUAUGUCCAGGUGUGCAAUCAUGAUUGUGUUGAUAAUGUUCUCCAUGAUUGAGUCUGUGUCCCAAAUAAUGUACGUUUCUGUCCAGUGAGUUGAUCCUAAUUAGUGUUACACAUUUUCCAACCAUAAGAUUGACAAUGUGUUGAUAUUCCUUUCUUUAUUGUGACCUCUUUUUCCAGCUGGCGUAUUGCAUUGUACAGUUCCUAGAGAAAGACCCAGCGUUAACAGAACCAGUAAGUGCCCCCCCAUGGUCACACCAAUCCUCUAAUCAGAAGGAUCUUUAAAUGAACAGGAUCGGAUAUCUCACUGUCUCCAUUCAUUAAUCUACUUCCACCAUCUCUCAUCACAGGUCAUCAGGGGCUUACUGAAGUUCUGGCCAAAAACCUGCAGUCAAAAAGAGGUAAGAGCCCUGGCCGUUGCCCUCCCUGGGGCUGGAGCACUGACCUGCUGCUGUUGGGAAGUGUUAAUGAGAGUUUAGAUACGGUACCUGGAUAGUAAGGAUGUGAUGUGUUGUCCUGCUCAGGUGUGUUUUUAACUGUGUGUGUUUUCAGGUGAUGUACCUGGGGGAGCUGGAGGAGAUCCUAGACGUGAUCGAGCCGACACAGUUCGUCAAGAUCCAGGAGCCGCUCUUCAAACAGAUAUCCAGAUGUGUGUCCAGCCCACACUUCCAGGUCAGUCAGUCUAUAGAGAAGAACACAAAUCCUUUUUUUUUUUGUCAUUUAGCGGACGCUCUUAUCUAGAGCGACUUACAGUUAGUGAGUGCAUACAUUAUUUAUUUAUUUUUCAUACUGGCCCCCCGUGGGAAUCGAACCCACAACCCUGGCGUUGCAAACGCCAUGCUCUACCAACUGAGCUACAUCCCUGCCGGCCAUUCCUUCUCCUACCCUGGACGACGCUGGGCCAAUUGUGCGCCGCCCCAUGGGUCUCCCGGUCGCGGCUGGCUACUACAGAGCCUGGAUUUGAACCAGGAUCUCUAGUAGCACAGUUAUGUGUAUUUAAAAAAAUAUAUAUAUAUAUUAUUAUUAUUGGGGGUAGAUCAGCUUUAAUAUUGCAGAUAGAUUGUAGCUUCCAUCAAUGUCAUUGUCUGCAUCAUUUCCAAUAUACACAUACAGUACCAGUCAAAAGUUUGGACACACCUACUGAUUCAAGGGUUUUUCUUUAUUUUUACUAUUUUCUACAUUGUAGAAUAAUAGUGAUGACAUCAAAACUAUGAAAUAACACAUAUGGAAUCAUGUAGUAACCAAAAAAGUGUUAAACAAAUCAACAUAUAUUUUAUAUUUGAGAUUCUUCAAAGUAGCCACCCUUUACCCUGAUGACAGCUUUGCACACUCUUGGCAUUCUCUCAACCAGCUUCAUGAGGUAGUCACCUGGAAUGCAUUUAAAUUAACAGGUGUGCCUUGUUAAAAAUUAAUUUGUGGAAUUUCUUUCCUCCUUAAUGCGUUUGAGCCAAUCAGUUGUGUUGUGACAAGGUAGGGGGGUAUACAGCAGAUAGCCCUAUUUGGUAAAAGACCAAGUCCAUAUUAUGGCAAGAACAGCUCAAAUAAGCAAAGCGAAAUGACAUUCCAUCAUUAUUUUAAGACAUGAAGGUCAGUCAAUCUGGAACAUUUCUACAACUUUUAAAGUUUCUUCAAGUGCAGUCGCAAAAACCAUGAAGUGCUAUGAUGAAACUGGCUCUCAUUAGGACCAACACAGGAAAGGAAAACCCAGAAUUACCUCUGCUACAGAGGAUAAGUUCAUUAGAGUUACCAGCCUCAGAAAUUGCAGACCAAAUAAAUGCUUCACAGAGUUCAAGUAACAGACACAUCUCAACAUCAACUGUUCAGAGAAGACUGCAGCAAUUUGACCAUGAAGGCCUGAUUCACACAAAGAAACCACUACUAAAGGACACCAAUAAUAAGAAGAGACUUGCUUGGGCCAAGAAACAUGAGCAAUGGACAUUAGACUGGUGGAAAUCUGUCCUUUUGGUCUGAUGAGUCCAAAUUUGAGAUUUAUGGCUCAAACCGCCGUGUCUUUGUGAGACACAGAGUAGGUGAACGGAUGAUCUCCGCAUGUGUAGUUCCCACCGUGAAGCAUGGAGGAGGUGGUGUGGGGGUGCUUUGCUGGUGACACUGUGAUUUAUGUGGAAUUCAAGGCACACUUAACCAGCAUGGCUACAACCGCAUUCUGCAGCGAUACGCCACCCCAUCUGGUUUGCACUUAGUGGGACCAUCAUUUGUUUUCCAGCCAACAAGUGCUCAGCAUAUGUGGGAACUCCUUCAAGACUGUUGGAAAAGCAUUCCAGGUGAAGCUGGUUGAGAGAAUGGCAAGUCUGCGCAAAGCUGUCAUCAAGGCAGAGGGAGGCUAUUUGAAGAAUCUCAAAUAUAAAAUAUAUUUUGAUUUGUUUAACACUUUUUUGGUUACUACAUGAUUCCAUAUGUGUUAUUUCAUAGUUUUGAUGUCUUCACUAUUAUUCUACAAUGUGGAAAAUAGUAAAAAUAAAGAAAAACCCUUGAAUGAGUAUAUACAGUCGUGGUCAACAUUUUUGAGAAUGACACAAGUAUUGGUCUUCACAAAGUUUGUGGCUUCAGUGUUUUUAGAUAUUUUUGUCAGAUGUUACUAUGGUAUACUGAAGUAUAAUUACUAGCAUUCCAUAAGUGUCAAAGGCUUUUAUUGACAAUUACAUUAAGUAUAUGCAAAGAGUCAAUAUACUUAUUUUUCAAGACCUCUGCGAUCUGCCCUGGCAUGCUGUCAAUUAACUUCUGGGCCACAUCCUGACUGAUGGCAGCCCAUUCUUGCAUAGUCAAUGCUUGGAGUUUGUCAGAAUUUGUGGGUUUUUGUUUGUCCACCCGCCUCUUGAGGAUUGACCACAAGUUCUCAAUGGGAUUAAGGUUUGGGGAGUUUCCAUGGACCCAAAACGUCGAUGUUUUGUUCCCCGAGCCACUUAGUUAUCACUUUUGCCUUUUUUGGCAAGGUGCUCCAUCAUGCUGGAAAAGGCAUUGUUCGUCACCAAACUGUUCUUGGAUGGAUGGGAGAAGUUGCUCUCUGAGGAUGUGUUGGUACCAUUCUUUAUUCAUGGCUGUGUUCUUAGGCAAAAUUGUGAGCGAGCCCACUCCCUUGGCUGAGAAUCAACCCUACGCAUGAAUGGUCUCAGUAUGCUUUACUGUUGGCAUGACACAGGACUGAUGGUAGGGCUCACCUUAUCUUCUCCGGACAAGCUUUUUUCCGGAUGCCCCAAACAAUCGGAAAGGAGAUUCAUCAGAGAAAAUGACUUUACCCCAGUCCUCAGCAGUCCAAUCCCUGUACGUUUUGCAGAAUAUCAGUCUGUCAGUGAUGUUUUUCCUGGAGAGAAGUGGCUUCCUCGCUGCCCUUCUUGACACCAGGCCAUCCUCCAAAAGUCUUCGCCUCACUGUGCGUGCAGAUGCACUCACACCUGCCUGCUGCCAUUCCUGAGCAAGCUCUGCACUGGUGGUUCCCUGAUCCCGCAGCUGAAUCAACUUUAGGAGACGGUCCUGGCGCUUGCUGGACUUUCUUGGGCGCCCUGAAGCCUUCUUCACAACAAUUGAACCUCUCUCCUUGAAGUUCUUGAUGAUCCGAUAAAUGGUUGAUUUGGGUGCAAUCUUACUAGCAGAAAUAUCCUUGCCUGUGAAGCCCUUUUUUGUGCAAAGCAAUGAUGACGGCACGUGUUUCCUUGCAGGUAACCAUGGUUAACAGAGGAAGAACAAUGAUUUCAAGCACCACACUCCUUUUUAAAACUUCCAGACUGUUAUUAUAACUAAAUCAGCAUAACGGAGUGAUCUCCAGCCUUGUCCUCGUCAACACUCUCACCUGUGUUAACAAGAGAAUCACUGACAUGAUGUCAGCUGGUCCUUUUGUGGCAGGGCUGAAAUGCAGUGGAAAUGUAUUUUUUGGGAUUAAGUUCAUUUUCAUGGCAGAGGGACUUUGCAAUUAAUUGCAAUUCAUCUGAUCACUCAUAACAUUCUGGAGUAUAUGCAAAUUGCCAUCAUAAAAACUGAGGCAGCAGACUUUGUGAAAAUUAAUAUUUGUCAUUCUCAAAACUUUUGACCACGACUGUAUACAGUGCAUUCGGAAAGUAUUCAGACACCUUCCCUUUUUUGCACAUUUUGUUACGUUACAACAUUAUUUAAAAAUGGAUUUAAUUAAUGAUUUUCCUCAUCAAUCUAUACAAUACCCCAUAAAACUGGUUUUUGGACAUUUUUGCAAAUGUAUAAAAAUAAAACAAAUGUAUUUACAUAAGUAUUCAGACCCUUUGCGAUGAGACUCAAAAUUUUGCUCAGGUGCAUCCUGUGUCCAUUGAUCAUCCUUGAGAUGUUUCUACAACUUGAUUGGUGUCCACCUGUGAUAAAUUCACUUGAUUACACAUGAUUUGGAAAGGCACACACCUGUCUAUAUAAGGUCCCACAGUUGACAGUGCAUGUCAGAGCAAAAACCAAGUCAUGAGGUCAACAGAGUUGUUCGUAGGGCUACGAGACAGGAUUGUGUCGAGGCACAGAUCUGGGGAAGGGUAUCAAAACAAUGUCUGCAGCAUUAGUAGUGUUAUCUGCAGAGUUAGCUCCAGGUAAAUUUAGCAAUUCUUCAGCCAUUUCUGGACCUGCGACCAAAAACAAGCUACAUAUGGACAGUACCAAAAUCUGCAGAGCUGGGAUGGUUGUAUCCCCCAUAUACAGUGCAUUCAAAAUUAUUCAGACCCCUUCACAUUUCCACAUUCUGUUACAUUACAGCCUUAUUCUAAAAUGGAUUAAAUUGUUUUUUUCCCUUGCCUUAUUCUAAAAUGGAUUAAAUUGUUUUUUUUCCCUUGCCUUAUUCUAAAAUGGAUUAAAUUGUUUUUCCCCUCAUCAAUAUACACACAAUACCCCAUAAUGACAAAGCAAAAACAGUUUUUUUUUAAAUGUUUGCAAAUUCAUUACAAUUUUUUUUUUUUUAUAUCACAUUUACAUAAGUAUUCAGACCCUUUACUCAGUACUUUGUUGAAGCACCUUUGGCAGCGAUUACAGCCUCAAGACUUCUUGGGUAUGAUGCUACAAGCUUGGCACACCUGUAUUUACGGAGUUUCUCCCAUUCUUCUCUGCAGAUCCUCUCAAGCUCUGUCAGGUUGGAUGGGGAGCAUUGCUGCACAGCUAUUUUUAGGUCUCUCCAGAGAUGUUAGAUCGGGUUCAAGUCCGGGCUCUGGCUGGGCCACUCAAGGACGUUCAUAGACUUGUCCCGAAGCCACUCCUGCAUUGUCUUUGCUGUAUGGUUAGGGUCGUUGUCCUGUUGGAAGGUGAACCUUCACCCCAGUCUGAGGUCCUGACCACUCUGGAGCAGGUUUUCAUCCAGGAUCUCUCCGUACUUUGUGACGUACCUCCAGACGUGACGCUGGCAUUCAGGCCAAAGAGUUCAAUCUUGGUUUCAUCAGACCAGAGAAUCUUGUUUCUCAUGGUCUGAGAGUCCUUUAGGUGCCUUUUGGCAAACUCCAAGCGGGCUGUCAUGUGCCUUUUACUAAGGAGUGGCUUCUGUCUAGCCACUCUACCAUAAAGGCCUGAUUGGUGGAGUGCUGCAAAGAUAGUUGUCCUUCUGGAAGGUUCUCCCAUCUUCACAGAGGAACUCUGGAGCUCUGAGUGACCAUCGGGUUCUUGGUCACCUCUCUGACCAAGGUCCUUCUCCCACGAUUGCUUAGUUUGGCCGGCGGCAAACUCAAGGACGAGUCUUGGUGGUUACAAACUUCUUCCAUUUAAGAAUGAUGGAGGCCACUGUGUUCUUGGGGAUCUUCAAUGCUGCAGAAAUGUUUUGGUACCCUUUCCCAGAUCUGUGCCUCGACACAAUCCUGUCUCGGCUUGAUUUUUGCUCUGAAAUGCACUGUCAACUGUGGGACCUUAUAGACAGGUGUGUGUGCCUUUCCAAAUCAUGUCCAAUCAGUUGAAUUUACCACAGGUGGACUCCAAUCAAAUUCUAUAAACAUCUCAAGGAUGAUCAAUGGAAACAGGUGUCAGGGGCGACGUGUAUGCGGUGAGUGAAGUCAAGCGCAGGACACAGAGAUACUAGCAGACGUACUUUACUAAUAGUAAAGAACAUACAAAACAAAACCUCCUAACAGGGAGGAAAACAAAUACACGUAUACGACAAAAACAGCAAUGCCGAUACAGCAUAGACACAAAACAAUAACACACAAUACCAAACGAGAGACAUGGGUAAAUAUAGGGACUACAAUCAAACAUAAUAGACAACAGGUGUAACCACUCAAGACAGAACAAGACAAACACCGAAACAUCGAUCGGCAGUAGCUAGUACUCCGGGGACGACGAACGCCGAAGCCUGCCCGAGCAAGGAGGAGGAGCAGCCUCGGCAGAAUCCGUUACAGUACCCCCCAGCCGUGCGCCGACCCCGGCCUCGGGGACGGCCAGGAGGACGCGGACCAGGGCGAGUCGGAUGACUCCGGUGGAACUCCGUCAACAGGGAGGGAUCUAGGAUGUCCCUCCUAGGGACCCAGCACCGUUCCUCCGGACCGUGGGUAAACAAGGCAUCGGCCAUUUGUAGGGCUGUAGGGAGACCUGGCAUUGGAAUGAGACGGCAGGCCUUAGAAAACCGAUCCACCGAUAGGUGAGACCACGGCCAUUGUGGAACGGGUAGAGGUUGUAACUUCCCUCUGGGCAGGUGUCUAGGCGCCUUACACUGAGCGCACACUGAACAGGAAGAAACGUAAACCCUCACGUCCUUAGCCAAAGUGGGCCACCAGUACUUCCCGCUAAGGCAGUGCACCGUUCGACCAAUACCCGGAUGACCAGAGGAGGGUGACGUGUGAGCCCAAUAUAUCAGUCGAUCACGGACCUCGAGCGGCACGUACUUCCGCCCCUUUGGACACUCAGGAGGAGUAGGGUCUGUACGUAACGCCCGCUCGAUCUCCGCAUCGACCUCCCACACCACCGGUGCCACUAGACAAGACACCGGAAGUAUGGGAGUGGGCUCAAUGGACCUCUCCUCUGUGUCAUAUUGCCGGGACAGGGCGUCUGCCUUCAUGUUCUGUGACCCUGGUAUAUACGUGAGCUUAAAUACAAACCGGGUAAGAAACAUGGCCCACCUAGCCUGACAAUGGUUCAGUCUCCUCGCUGCCCGGAUGUACUCCAGGUUACGAUGGUCAGUCAGAAUGAGGAAAGGGUGUUUAGCCCCCUCAAGCCAAUGCCUCCACACCUUCAGGGCUUGAACCACCGCUAGCAACUCCCUGUCCCCCACGUCAUAUAAUUGCGUUCCGCCGGACUGAGCUUCUUAGAAUAAAAAGCACAGGGACAGAGUUUUGGAGGCGUGCCCGAGCGUUGAGACAGUCCAGCACCAAUCCCCGCCUCGGACGCAUCCACCUCAACUUGGAACGCCAAAGAGCGGUCCGGAUGUGCCAGCACCGGAACCGAGGUGAACAGGUCCUUCAGAUGUCUAAACGCCCUGUCCGCCUCAGCCGACCACUGCAAACGCACCGGACCACAUUUAGCAGGGAGGUGAUGGGAGCUGCUACCUGUCCAAAACCCCGGAUAAACCUCCGGUAGUAAUUGGCAAAACCCAAAAACCGCUGCACCUCCUUAACCGUGGUGGGAGUCUGCCAAUUACGCACGGCUGAAACGCGGUCAAUCUCCAUCUCCACCCCUGACGCGGACAACCGAUGUCCCAGGAAGGAGAUGGACUCCUGGAAAAACAGGCAUUUCUCCGCCUUCACAUACAAGUCAUGCUCCAACAGUCUACCCAACACCCGACGCACCAGGGACACAUGCUCGGCUCGUGUAGCGGAGUAUAUUAGAAUGUCAUCAAUAUACACCACUACACCCUGUCCAUGCAAAUCCCGGAAAAUCUCGUCCACAAAUGAUUGGAAGACUGAAGGAGCAUUCAUUAAACCGUAUGGCAUGACGAGAUACUCAUAGUGACCCGAGGUGGUACUAAAUGCUGUUUUCCAUUCAUCUCCCUCCCUAAUGCGCACCAGGUUGUAAGCUCUCCUGAGAUCCAAUUUUGUGAAGAAUCGCGCCCCGUGUAAUGACUCCGUCAUACUCGCAAUCAGAGGGAGAGGAUAGCUGUAUUUAAUGGUAAUCUGAUUGAGACCACGGUAAUCAAUACACGGGCGCAAACCCCCAUCCUUCUUCUUCACAAAAAAGAAACUCGAGGACGCAGGAGAAUUGGAUGGCCGUAGGUAUCCCUGUCCCAGAGAUUCGGUGACGUAUGUCUCCAUAGCUGCCGUCUCCUCCUGAGACAGAGGAUACACAUGACUACGAGGAAGUGCAGCGCCUGCCUGGAGGUCUAUCGCACAAUCCCCCUGUCUAUGAGGUGGUAAUUGAGUCGCCUUCUUCUUACUGAAGACGAGUGCCAAAUCUGUAUACUCAGGAGGAAUGUGCAUUGCGGGCAUUUGGUUCGGACUUUCCACCGUCGUUGCCCCUACGGAAACACCUAUACACCACCCGACACACUGAUCAGACCAUUCCCUGAGAGCCUUCUGUUGCCAUGAAAUGUUGGGGUCAUGAGAUAUUAACCAGGGAAGCCCCAACACCACGGGAAACGCAGGAGAGUCAAUCAAAUACAACUGUAUAAUCUCCUCAUGACCCCCCUGCGUCUUCAUCUUAAGUGGCGCUGUGACCUCCCUAAUCAAUCCCGACCCCAAAGGGCGGCUGUCUAGGGCAUGGAUGGGGAAGGGCACAUCAACUGGUAUAAGGGGAAUCCCUAACAUAUACGAGAAACAGCGAUCGAUAACAUUCCCAGCUGCGCCUGAAUCGACUAGCGCCUUAUGCUGGGAGUGAGAAGAAACCUCGGGAAACACAACUUUAAUACACAUGUGUACAACAGAGAGCUCUGGGUGAGUUGGGUGCUUACUCACCUGGAAUGACUCAUCAGUGCGUGGCCUGCUCCCUCGAUCCCUAGGAGACCCCCCCCCAGCACCGAACCGCAGUGUGUCCUCUGGAACAGACGCUCACCCGCCGCUUUCCCCUCUGGGGGAUGAUCGAAAACCGCCCUGAAGCGGCGGGAGAACUCCGCAUAGCUGACUGUAGCGGCGUCUAUUCCCCUCCACUCAGCGUUGGCCCACUCCAGUGCCUUGCCGGACAGACAGGAGAUGAGGGCGGAAACGCUCUCGUAUCCCAAGGGCGCCGGGUGGAUGGUUGCCAGGUAGAGUUCUACUUGGAGCAGGAAGCCCUGACACUCGGCCGCGGUGCCAUCAUAAGCCCUCGAGAGCGAGAGCCAAAUCCAACUGGACUCCGGAGAUGGAACGAUGGGUAUGGCUGAUGGUGGUGGUAUCGUUGGAGGAGGUGUGGGCAAACCUCCUCUCUCCCAUCGCCUCAAGGUGUCCAUCACCCCUUGCAUGGCGGUGCCCAGGUCCUGGAUCAUGGCUGCUUGGUGGAUUACGCGCUCCUCCAGUGAUCCCGUUGGCACCGCCGAUCCUGCUGACUCCAUGAAGGUGUGUUAUUCUGUCAGGGGCGACGUGUAUGUGGUGAGUGAAGUCAAGCGCAGGACACAGAGAUACUAGCAGACGUACUUUACUAAUAGUAAAGCACAUACAAAACAAAACCUCCUAACAGGGAGGAAAACAAAUACACGUAUACGACAAAAACAGCAAUGCCGAUACAGCAUAGACACAAAACAAUAACACACAAUACCAAAUGAGAGACAUGGGUAAAUAUAGGGACUACAAUCAAACAUAAUAGACAACAGGUGUAACCACUCAAGACAGAACAAGACAAACACCGAAACAUCGAUCGGCAGUAGCUAGUACUCCGGGGACGACGAACGCCGAAGCCUGCCCGAGCAAGGAGGAGCAGCAGCCUCGGCAGAAUCCGUGACAACAGGAUGCACCUGAACUCAAUUUCAGGUCUCAUAGCAAAGGGUCUGAAUACUUACAUAAAUAAGGUAUUUCUGUAUUACAUUUUUAUUAAUUGUACAGAAAUGUUUAAAAACCAGUUUUUGCGUUGUCAUUAUGGGGUAUUGAUGAGGGAAAACAAAUAAUUUAAUUCAUUUUAGAACAAGACUGUAACAUAUCAAAAUGUGGAAAAGGUGAUGGGGUCUGAAUACUAUCCGAAUGCACUCUAUAUAACAUUCUAUUGGUUGUAAGAAUUUAGUAUAAUAACUUAAAUUGAAAAAUUCAAAAUGUUGAAUCGAGCGUUGUUUUGCGUAUCAGUUCAUAAACCAUGUGCUAUAGAAUUGGUACAUCGCAAAUCUCUUCAACUAUUUUGCAAUCUAUAUGGCACAGUUGUACAUUUUUUGGUCCUUAAAUGAAACUGGUAUACUUUUUUAUUUAUGCCAAUUUUCUUUAACCAAUUUUGGUCUUUAAAGCAGGGCCGACAGAUAAGUUCCUUACUUUUUACCCCUUCCACUUGCCUCUUCCAUUUUGCGGUAAUGCUGCAAUUAGAUGGCCCUGUGUAGCUCAGUUGGUAGAGCAUGGCGUUUGCAACGCCAGGUUUGUGUGUUCGAUUCCCACGGGGGGCCAGUAUGAAAAUGUAUGCACUCACUUAACUGUAAGUCGCUCUGGAUAAGAGCGUCUGCUAAAUGACUGAAAAUGUUUUAAAUGUUGUAAUUUUGGGUAGAGCAGACAUUUCCAUAUAUUUUUGUUAGCUGCAUGUGUGACAACUCCACCAGUCCUAUUUAUGAUAUAAUUUAACAAAGAUUAUACAUUUUAAAAAGUUUUUAAUUAUUUAAUUUUUUUUUUUUUUUUUUUUUUUUAUCAACUAGUAUAUUUGAGUUUAACAACAAUCUUUUUUGUAUUAUUUGUUCUGUCUUUUCUGGUGGAUUAAACUGAAAUUGCAACCAACUUUCUAUGGCUGUGUGUAUUCAAUCUGUGUGUGUGUCCCUGUCCCUGGCAGGUGGCGGAGAGGGCUCUGUACUACUGGAACAACGAGUACAUCAUGAGUCUGAUCGAGGAGAACUCCAGCGUUAUCCUGCCCAUCAUGUUCGCCAGCCUCUACAGGAUCUCCAAAGAGCACUGGAACCCGUGAGUUCACCUCAACACACCCGUCACAUAUAGAUUGAUCCAAUCAGAAACCUUGAUUUUUCGUCUUGUAUUUGGUUGAAUUCUAUUUUAUUUGUUUAGACUCUUGGCUCAUUAGCGGAAAAAUAAAGUGUAAAAGAGUUAAUGUUGGCUGUGUUUUUACGUUUUCAAUUUUUCUUGCAGGGCGAUAGUGGCGUUGGUGUACAACGUACUAAAAGCCUUCAUGGAGAUGAACAGUACCUUGUUUGAUGAACUCACAGCUACUUACAAGUCAGACCGCCAGCGGUAAGAUAUGCAGCAUCACUAAAGGAGCCUGUGUGGUGUGGUCCUGCUCAGAGCGCUGUUGUAGUUUUUUAAACACCCACUCACUCAUAUAGGGCCAUGCUCACUACACUGGUUCAUACCGAACAAUUACUGUUCUUUUAUAUACAGAAUCUCACUAUCUCUCAUACACUGUGUGGUGUGUAAUAUUGUGAUUCUUGACUCUGGCAGCAUAAGACAUUUUGAUUGGGUGGUACUUGGCCAAGAGUUGUUGUGGUGGUAAACCCAGUAGUAAUCUCUCAGUAAUCUCAGUAACCCCAAACACCCCCCCCCCCCCCCCCCCGUGUGUGUUCUGUACUGUCUGCAGUGAGAAGAAGAAGGAGAAGGAGAGGGAGGAGCUUUGGAAGAAGCUGGGGGACCUGGAGCUGAAGAGGGGCCUUAGGAGCGACGGGAUCAUUCCCACUUAA